AUGGACAAGGGGUACCGGCAGUCACCCCACAUUUCACACCGUUUGUUUUUUCUUUGUCUUUAUCUUUUUAAGGCCGAUUUUCUCAAGGGUCUCCCUGUUUACAACAAGAGUAAUUUCAGCAGAUUCCACGCAGAUUCAGUGUGCAAAGCAUCAAACAGAAGACCGUCAGUGUAUCUUCCCACACGAGAGUUUCCCUCAGAGCAGAUCAUCGUUACAGAAAAAACAAAUAUUCUUCUGCGUUAUCUACACCAGCAGUGGGACAGAAAGAAUGCGGCCAAAAAACGGGAGCAAGAGCAGAGCGAGGGGGGAAGCCCAGCACCUCCACGCAAGAUCGCCCGCACCGACAUCCAGGAGAUGAGCGAGGAUUCGUAAAACGCGACGGCGGGUUCGACAGCACCAUGGACAGGCACAAAUACGAUGGGAUUUUACCGGAGCUCAG